GCGGAGGGAGGAUUCCGCCCUCCGGCCCACGUGGUCGGGGCGCCGCUGAAUCGCGCCCGGCGGAGGGUCUUCACUGCGAAAUACAAAAGCGGCGGGGCGGCGGGCGAGGGGAGAGUUGCCGGCGGAGAGGAGGAGAGAGAGAGAGAGAGAGAGAGAGAGAGAGGAGUUGCCGGCAGCCGCAGCGGCAGGAGGGGCGGCCCCGCAGCGGCGAUGGGGCAGAGGCGCCCGCAGCCGGGGAGCGGCCGCGCUGCCGGGCUCCGACCGCCGCCGGCCCCCGCGCUCCCGGGCUCGGUGUGAAGCGGCGGCCCGGCCCGGCCCGCAUGGGGAGCAAGAUGCGGGGAGCCGCCUUGGCGGCGGGGCUGUGGCUCGUGGCGCUGGGCUCGCUCGUAGCGCUGUGGUCCGGGCUCCCGCAGCGGGCGGAGCGGCGCUCCUUCUCCGGGCCGGUCCUGCCGCCGCCGCCGCCGCCGCCGCCGCCGCGGCCGGGAGCCCCCAAAACUUUCCGGGCGCUGCUGACGCUGCCGGGCGGCGGGGACGGGCCGCCUCCCGCCCCCUGGGCGUCGGAGCCGCCUCGGGCCGGGCCCCCGGCGGUGCACGGGGGCAUCUUCUGGAGCCGGCGGCUGGAGGAGCAGGUGCCCCGCGGCUUCUCGGAGGGCCAGGCGGCGGCCUGGCUGCAGGCGGCGCGGGCGGCCCGCGUGGUGGCCCUGGAGCGCGGCGGCUGCGGGCGCAGCUCCAACCGGCUGGCCCGCUUCGCCGACGGCACCCGCGCCUGUGUGCGCUACGGCAUCAACGCCGAGCAGAUCCAGGGCGAGGCCCUGUCCUACUACCUGGCCCGCCUGCUGGGGCUCCAGCGCCACGUGCCGCCGCUGGCCCUGGCGCGGGUGGAGCCGCGGGGCGCGCAGUGGGCGCCGGUGCGGGACGAGCUGCUGGGCGCCCACUGGGCGGAGGGCAGCGUGGUCAGCCUGACCCGCUGGCUGCCCAACCUGACGGACGUGGUGGCCCCGGCGCCCUGGCGCUCCGAGGACGGGCGCCUGCGGCCCCUGCGGGCGGGGGAGCUGGCCAACCGCAGCCAGCCCGAGCUGGUGGAGCUGGUGCAGUGGACCGACCUCAUCGUCUUCGACUACCUGACGGCCAACUUCGACCGGCUGGUCAGCAACCUCUUCAGCCUGCAGUGGGACCCGCGGGUCAUGCAGCGGGCCACCAGCAACCUGCACCGCGCCCCCGGGGGCGGCCUGGUCUUCAUCGACAACGAGGCGGGGCUGGUGCACGGCUACCGGCUGGUGGGCGUGUGGGACAAGUACCACGAGCCGCUGCUGCGCUCGGUCUGCGUCUUUCGGGAGCGGACGGUGCAGCGGGUGCUGGAGCUGCACGAGCGGCGGGACGCCGCGGCGCAGCUGCUCCGCCUCUACCGGCGCCACGAACCGCGCUUCCCCGAGCUGGCCGCGCUGGCCCAGCCCCACGCCGGACUCCUGCAGCGCCGCCUCCACUUCCUCGCCGACCACAUCAAGCGCUGCCGGGACCAGGACGGCGCCCUCUGACCCCCUUCCCUCCCGCCCGGAGCCGCGGGGCGGGCGGUGGGGGGGGGGGGGGAGAGGCCCCCCAAAAAAACCCCGCCGACCCAGCCUCGCCAACCCGUCCGGCUCGUGGUCCCACCCUGGACCUUUCUCGGUUGUCCGACCGUGCGCCGGCCUUAAAAAGCGCAUCUCUCGCCCCUCCUCUAAAAGGGCCUGGGGAUGGAGCGCCAGAGCGGGCCCCUUCCCCGGGCUGGGAUUAAGCUGCGGUGCUCUACAGGGGUUGGUUGGUCACGACAGAGAGUGGCUCCCUUUUCCCCGCUUUCUACAAGGAGGUGACCACUACAGAGUGGCUCCCUUUUCCCCGCGUUUUACAAGGAGGUGACCACUACAGAGAGUGGCUCCCUUUUCCCCGCUUUCUACAAGGAGGUGACCACUACAGAGAGUGGCUCCCUUUUCCCCGCUUUCUACAAGGAGGUGACCACUACAGAGAGUGGCUCCCUUUUCCCUGCUUUCUACAAGGAGGUGACCACUACAGAGAGUGGCUCCCUUUUCCCCGCUUUCUACAAGGAGGUGACCACUACAGAGAGUGGCUCCCUUUUCCCCGCUUUCUACAAGGAGGUGACCACUACAGAGAGUGACUCCCUUUUCCCCGCUUUCUACAAGGAGGUGACCACCACAGAGAGUGGCUCCCUUUUCCCCACUUUCUACAAGGAGGUGACCACCACAGAGAGUGGCUCCCUUUUCCCCGCUUUCUACAAGGAGGUGACCACCACAGAGAGUGGCUCCCUUUUCCCCGCUUUCUACAAGGAGGUGACCACCACAGAGAGUGGCUCCCUUUUCCCCGCUUUCUACAAGGAGGUGACCACCACAGAGAGUGGCUCCCUUUUCCCCGCUUUCUACAAGGAGGUGACCACUACAGAGAGUGGCUCCCUUUUCCCCGCUUUCUACAAGGAGGUGACCACUACAGAGAGUAACUCCCUUUUCCCCGCUUUCUACAAGGAGGUGGCCACUACAGAGAGUGGCUCCCUUUUCCCCGCUUUCUACAAGGAGGUGACCACUACAGAGAGUGACUCCCUUUUCCCCGCUUUCUACAAGGAGGUGACCACUACAGAGAGUGGCUCCCUUUUCCCCGCUUUCUAUAAGGGGGUGGCCACUACAGGGAGGGGCUCCAUUUUCCCCACCUUCCAUAAGGGGGUGGCUACUACAGGGAGUGGCUCCGUUUUUCCCGCGUUCUACAAGGGGGUGGCCACUACAGAGAGUGGGUCGGGGAAGCGGAGUGUAGCCAGUCUGCAACCAAGUGGGAUUGUGUCUGCCUCUCACACACACUGUCUCCCGUGCAGCUCGCCGGUUGAUGAGCCGGUCCUCGUCCGCUCCGCCUCCUUUGUUCCGACGGGUCUCAUCACCGUUAAAUGGCCAGGAGGAGAGUGUGCCGAAAAAAGAUCCCCCUAAACCCUUCGUUCUGGUGUCGGGAAGCCUUACGAUCCUUUUAAGUUGGUCCGACUCGUUUGUUACUGCUGUCAUCUGGCCUGAAUGCUGCGAUGCUGAACAGACUUAAUACAGCCAAUGGGAGAGAAUGGAUUUUUCUCCCUUACCCCACUCCUCCCCUUUGCUCCCCACCUCCCCGGGUUAAAUUGACCAAGAUUUUGACAGUGAUGAUAGCCUCCAGAUAGGGGGAAAAGAUUUCUUAUUUCAUGCACUUUACUUUGCUUUUUUUUAUUAAAAAAACUUUUUUAUUUGACAGUCUGCCUUCUGUGUAUAUAUGUUCAUAAGCUGUUUUGUGUAAAUAUACUAAAACUUAUAUUUCAAUAAAAGGGAAUUUGAAAUUUAGGAUUUUAAUUUAAACUGCUGUAUGGUUUUAACUCUCGCUGGGUACGCUGUUUUUAAAUCAGUCGACAGAGAGACCAGAUUCCUCGUGCCUCCACUAGUACUAAAAACCGCCUCGGUGAACUGAAGUACUCUUGUAACAAAGGAUUUGGUUUAUGUGGAUUAUUUCAAACAGUAUUACUGGAAAUUUGCUCCCCCAUUCCUUUGGCGUAACGCUACGGGUUAUGAAUUCACCACUGUGAAUCAAGUUCUGAAUUCAAACAAAGCCUUUUAUUUGCGGGUGAAUAAAGCUCCA